CCGGGCGUGCCAAGGGGACCAGUGGAACACGACAUGACCCCCCCAUUUCCGGAAGGUGAGAGUUUUCUUUUGCCCUAUCCAGAUACGCCAUCAACCCUGCUGCAGGCUGCGAAUGGGUCUAGAAUGUCCACUUGCCCACGCUUCCCCAAUCUUUCGCUAGUCACGCUGCACGCUCCAAGCGGGGGCCCGGGGGGGCAUUGCUUGCAAGUUGGGGGGAUGGGGAUGGAGAAAAGAACGAGAUGGGGUGCGGAGGCACACGCAACAAUACCCAACGCCGGCCUUCCCUUUUCUGCACGGGUCCCGCGAGUCGAGGCAAUUUCGAAGCCCAUUGUCAGCGCGUGCUAGCUCGCCGUCGUCAAGCGGGGAUCCUGUCACGCCUUGUGCUAUAAGAACCUAAGCUCCGCCUCAUCUCAGCUCGCCUUACUUUCUGGUUCGUCUCGUCUUGUAUCCCCCUCCCUUUCAACAAAACAAGUAGUACUUGGCGUCAUCUAAUCAACUCCAACCAAGUACCUUUGUUCACCAUGGGUCAAAAGUCUAGCCUCGACAUCUCCAAGGAGGCUGCCGUCGUGGUCGACCGUGAGUCCGUCACUGGCACCUCGGACCAAAACUCCUCUUACGACCCUUCGCGCCCUUUCCCCACCGAAGAAGAAUGGGCUACGCUUCCCCGUGUCGCGGGCACCAUUCCCUGGACUGCCUGGACCGUCGCCAUUGUCGAGUUUAUGGAGCGUUUCUCCUACUACGGCACUAGCGCUGUGUUCGUCAACUUCAUUCAAAAGAAGCUCCCCGCUGGCUCUCACACUGGUGCUGGCUUCCUGAAAGUCUCCUCCGGCGCCCUGGGCAUGGGCCAGCGUGCUUCCACUGGUCUCACCACCUUCAACCAGUUCUGGAACUACUUCACUCCUCUUCUCGGUGCCUACCUGGCCGAUCAGUACUUUGGCCGUUACCUCACCGUCCAGUACUCCAACGUCAUUGUCAUUCUCGGCCACGUCAUCCUCAUCUUCUCUGCUAUCCCCGGCGUCAUUGAGCACCCCAAUGCCGCCAUUGCUCUCUUCUGCAUCGGUAUUGUCAUCAUGGGUAUUGGAAACGGCGGCUUCAAGGCCAACAUUUCGCCUCUCAUUGCUGAGCAGUACAAGGAUACCGUCGCCUACGUCCGCACCACCAAGAGCGGUCGCAAGGAAAUCGUCGACCCCGCCGCCACCACCGCCCGAAUCUACAUUUACUUCUAUCUCCUCAUCAACAUUGGUUCUUUGACCGGUUCCCUUGCCAUGGUCUACUCGGAGCACUUUGUCGGCUUCUGGCUCUCCUUCACCCUCCCCACCAUCUGCUACCUCAUCUGCCCCGCCAUUCUCAUGUACUUUAAGAAGCAGUACAAGCUGUCUCCUCCCACUGGCUCCGUCAUGGGCAAGGCCGCCAAGCUCAUUAGCUUUGCUUACAAGAAGAGCAAGGGUUUCCGUGAUCCCGAUUUCUGGAACCGUGUCAAGCCCACUGAACUCCGUGCCCGCGGUGAGACUCUUCCCACCUGGAUGAACUUUGAUGAUGCCUGGGUUGAUGAGGUUAAGCGUGGUGUCUUGGCCUGCAAGGUCUUCCUCUGGUACCCUCUCUACUACCUUGCCUACAACCAAAUGACUGGCAACUUGGUGUCCCAGGCUAGCACCAUGACGCUCGGCGCCACCCCCAACGAUAUCGUCGCCAAGCUCAACCCCAUCUUCAUCAUUAUUACCAUCCCCAUCAUGGAUUUUGUUGUCUACCCCCUCAUCCGCAAGGCUGGUAUCAACUUCACCCCCAUCAAGAAGAUUACCGCUGGUUUCAUCGUCUCCGCCUUGGCCAUGGUCUCGGCUUGUGUGAUCCAGGCCUACAUCUACAAGAUGUCGCCAUGCGGUGACGACAUCAACGCCCUCACCAAGGCUGGCCGCAAGGACUGUGCCGCCCCUUUCUCCGUCUGGAUCCAGGUCUUCCCCUACGGUCUCAUUGGUAUUUCCGAAGUUCUUGCCUCCAUCACCAGACUCGAGUAUGCCUACACCAAGGCCCCCGCCAACAUGCGAUCCACCAUCCAGGCCAUUGCUCUCUUCACAUCCGCCAUCUCCUCUGCUUUGGGCCAGGCUCUCGUCGCCUUGUCUGAGGACCCUCUCCUUGUCUGGAACUACGGCUCCGUCGCUGUUGUCGCCUUUAUCGGUGGUAUUGGCUUCUACUGGACCUUCCGCCGUGCUGACAAGGAUGAAGAUGCCAUGAACAACAUGCAGACCAGUACCUUCAUCGGCAAUGUCGCUGACACUGCUGAGGCCGACAAGGCCAUCAUUGAGAGAACAGAGGAUGUUGCGCAGCCAGCCAAGAAGGCUGAGGUAUAAAAAACCAAAAAUUGUACGAGUUAGAAAUAAUUAAAAUAUGAUUCCCACUUUGUUAACAAUAUUUGCCCUAUUCCAUCGUGACUUCCAAGAGUUGUAUUGUUUUUUGUUGUUGUUUUGAUGAUCAAUCGCAGCAUCCAGGUACGCACUCUAUUUUGCAAGGGGCUAUUGCUGUACAUGCACUGUAAAUUAGCGCACAUGUGGCGCUGUGGGGAGUACGCCAUUGGAUCUACAGAUCCCUAGGGGCGCUCGUUUGGUGUCACGCCACGUCUUUCGGCAGGUGGUGGUUUUUAG